CUCCACCUGCGCUUGGCGGUUGCGGCCGCAUGGAGGCCGCUGCAGGCGCUGCAGCCGCAGAAGGGAAAGUCCAGCGGGCGACGGCACCGGGGCGCGCGCCCAGGCCCUACGUCAACCUGCGGCCACGGCUGACCUAUUUUGGACCCGGCUGGUUACAUUAGUCACGCCGAGGGCGCUCCUCAAACCCGCGGGGCCCUGAGCACCUUCGCAACCAGGCAAACCUGCGAGGCCGCGAGACACGGCCUCCGGCGGGGGCACCCCGCCCCAGCUGCCCCGGGACCCAGCGCGGCCCCGGAGGGACCAGUGGCUGCGCCCCCGCGGAGACCAGGGGGAAGGCGCCCCGCACAGCACUUUCCCGACCAGGCCCAGGCAUGCAGGUCCUUGUAAGGCAAAAACUUCGAUGGGAGCCUACCUCCCUAAAGCCUCGUGGUGGAACAGCUGUUUGACGCAUUUAGAAGAAAGAAUGACACCCCUACAGAGGAACAUGAUGUGAAUGGAAGAGACCUGUCAUUAUACCCUCCCCAAGAAAUUGAUUGGAAAUGGGGAAGAAAAACAGUUAUUUGAUGCAAACAGUACAGCACUCUGAACAGACUCUAAAAACAGCUCUCAUCUCAAAGAACCCAACGCUUGUGUCACAGUAUGAGCAGUUAGAUGCUGGCGAACGGCGUUUGCUAAACAAAGCCUUCAAGCCAGGCAAUGAUCUGUUUGGACCCAUUACCUUGCAUUCGGAAUCAGACUGGAUCACCUCCCAUCCCGAGCCUCCCCAGGACUUCCAACAGUUUUUCAACGAUCCUUCUAGAAAGGCACCGUCUCCAGACAAAUGCAGUAUUUAUAUACAGUGCAUUGGAUCUCUAGGAAACACCAGAAUUAUCAGUGAAGAAUAUAUUAAGUGGCUCAAGGGCUACUGUGAAGCAUUUUUCUAUGGCUUGACAGUGAAACUCCUAGAACCGGUUCCUGUCUCUGUAACGAGGUGUUCCUUUAGAAUCAAUGAUAACACACAAAACCUACAAAUUCAUGCAGGGCACAUCCUGAGGUUCUUAAAAAGGAAGAAACCUAGAGAUGCCUUCUGUAUUGUGGGAAUAACAAUGAUUGAUCUUUACCCACGAGACUCCUGGAAUUUUGUCUUUGGACAGGCCUCUUUGACAGAUGGUGUGGGGAUAUUCAGCUUUGCCAGGUAUGGUAGUGAUUUUUGCAGUUCACACUAUGAAGGCAAAGUGAACAAGCUGCAGAAAGUAUCUUCAAGCGACUAUUCCGUUUUUGAUAACUAUUAUAUUCCUGAAGUGACCAGUGUUUUGCUGCUUCGUUCCUGUAAGACUUUAACCCAUGAGAUCGGACACAUAUUCGGACUUCGACACUGCCAGUGGCUUGCAUGCCUCAUGCAAGGCUCCAACCACUUGGAAGAGGCUGACCGGCGCCCCCUCAACCUCUGCCCUAUCUGUUUACGCAAGCUGCGGUGCGCUGUGGGCUUCAACAUAAGAGAGAGAUACCAAGCGCUGGUGAAGUGGAUUGAAGAUGAGUCUGCUGACACCCCUGGAGUCGGCACGGAACACAGUCAGGAAGAUAAUGUGAAUUUACCAAAACCCGUGGAAGCCUUUAAGGAGUGGAAAGAGUGGAUAAUAAAAUGCCUUGCUGUUGUCCAAAAAUGAGGACCUUCACAUAGGAGUAAUUACAAUAAACACCUUGCACAUUA